UCUCUCAAGCAUUGAAACAACUACAUUUGACUUCCCGGCUAUAGAUGAAGACAGUCUGUGCACUGUCACUAGAAGGGCACGAGAACACAAUUAUUUGCAGAAAGUUAUUGUAAUUGAUGACUCGGACAAGUCGGAAUUAAGGCAACAAGACUCAUAUUUAGAAAAAUCGGAUUUGAGGCAAGAAGACAAUGAAUUAAUGAUUCAAAUAGAAGAUGUCAGAGGGCAGUGUGACAUACUACAUGAACCUAUAUUGGAUUCGUCAGCGAGUCCUGAGGUACGAACCAAAAUAGAGCGCUUGAAUUCCCCGGCAGGUGAGGCCGAGAGAAGGCACCGCCGGUGGCAACGCGCCACUAUGCUGGUCUAUAAAAGGAUAUGCAGUCACCGCUACGCGCAGCACUUUCUGCGUCCCGUGACGGACGACAUAGCGCCGCUCUACAGUACCAUUGUACGUCGGCCUAUGGACCUCUCCACUAUCAAAAGAAGGAUUAAAGAUGGCGUCAUCAGGACGACGGCGGAGCUGACGCGCGCUUUGCAACUGAUGUUCUCGAACGCUCUCAUGUAUAACAGCAGCCACCACUUCAUCUAUCAGAUGACGCUCGAAUUUCGGGAAGAGACGCUCCGUGAGCUGUCAGUGCUAGCGUCAGCAGAAGAGGGCGCGGGGGCGGACUCCCCGCUGUCGCGACUGCUGAGCCGCCACGCGCCACCGCCCGUGCUUGCUCAGAGAACUUCCGCUACGCAUCGACACCAAGAACUCAUAAAAAUCGCCCCGGCGUCACGCAUCCGCCGCGCCUCCAUAUACCACGUAGAGGACUCUACAGAACCAAGAAAUACGCCGAUAUCGAGCACACACCGCGCCCCUGCCGACCCUGGGGUUCCUGAGGACUCCAGAAGAUCCACUUCAGUGCUUGGUAAACGUAGGGCCUCCGUCUACCAGUCAGCGGACCCUAAGCCGCCUCGGAGUCGUCGCACCUCUAUGUACCAUCCAGCAGACCCUGAGGUCCCUGAGGACUCCAGAAGAUCCACUUCAGUGCUUGGUAAACGAAGGGCCUCUGUCUACCAGUCAGCGGACCCUAAGCCGACCCGGAGCCGUCGCACCUCUAUGUACCAUCCUGCAGACCCUGAGGUCCCUGAGGACUCCAGAAGAUCCACUUCAGUGCUUCGUAAACGAAGGGCCUCUGUCUACCACUCGGCGGACCCUAAGCCGACCCGGGCCCGUCGCGCUUCUAUGUACCAUCCUUCGGACUCUGAGGUCCCUGAGGACUCCAGAAGAUCCACUUCAGUUCUUGGUAAACGUAGGGCCUCCGUCUACCAACCAGCGGACCCUAAGCCGGCACCGCGGGCCCGUCGCGCUUCUAUGUACCAUCCUGCGGAUCCCGAGACCAAGGAAGCCAAAAAACGGACUAAAUGGGACUGGCCCAGCAUAGAAGAUGAACAUUUAAUACCUAAAAAAUACAAAAAUUGUGUUGUUGUGUUAUAGGUAAGGUCCUGGCAUUAUAAUAAAGAGUACUAUCGUACAGUAUGGCCUCUCCCGCUGCCCGUUGACAGUGCCGCAUGUCAAGAAGUAGCACACUCAACAAAGCCUACCUAGGGUUGCAAAAAAACGG